GCGAUGAGCUCUUUGGGUGCAGGCGGCGCGGAAUCGCCGUUCUUGAUCAACGCUGCCAAUGCAUUGGUGUUUGCUCUGAUGGGUUUUCUGUGCAUUUUCGGCGCCCCGAUCGCCAACCGGAUUGGCUUGAAUUGGACCUUGCUGCUGGGAGCGGUCGGGUACCCGAUAUACUCCGCGGCGUUGUAUACGAACAACCGCUAUGGCAAUGUCUGGUUCGUGCUUGUCGGGUCGGUAGCAUGUGGAUUAUCAGCGGGACUUUUCUGGGCGUCUGAGGGUGCGGUUGCACUUGGUUAUCCUGAGCCCGGCAAACGCGGCAAGUAUAUGAAUAUCUGGCUGUGGUUUCGGACCGGUGGACCGUUGUUGGGUGGUGCUAUCGUCCUGGGUCUUAAUCAUUCUCCUGGGGGCAAAGGCAAGGUUCAGCCUGAGGUAUAUCUGAUUUUCGUUGCGCUACAAUGCCUGGCCGUUCCUGUCGCAUACUUCCUUUCGCCGCCUGAAAAGGUCCAACGUAGCGAUGGGAGUCCCGUCAGGAUUAUCGCACAGGGCUCAUGGCGCGCUGAGAUGCACGAGCUCUGGAAGCUCUGCCGUAAGAAGCAGGUCCUCUUGUUGUUGCCCGUGUUUUGGGCUGCCUACUUCAACCAGUAUAUUGGCAAUUUCGAAACCUACUAUUUCAACGUCCGAGCUCGAGCUCUGAUGGGCUUCGUUAGCAACUUUGCCAACCUGCUAUCAUCCGGGAUCAUCAGUCGAUUCCUCGAUUACAAGGGUCUUCCUGUCAAGAGCCGGAUCACAUACAGUUUCUACUACGUCAUCGUCGUCCACAUCGCAGCCUGGACUUAUGGCUGGGUUGUUCAAGAACAAUUUACCGCCAACCCUCCAGUCCUGGACUGGACCAGCAAGGACUUUGUGAAGGGGUUCUUCGUCAUGAUUCUCUGGCAAUUCUCCCAGCAAGCUCUGCAGAACUUCAUGUACUACCUUGUCGCUACAAUGACCGACAAUAUCUCUGAGCUAGCGCGUUAUUCGGGUAUCCUUCGCGGGCAGGAGAGCUUUGCUCAGGCCGUGUCUUUUGGUCUGAACACCCGCGAUUGGUAUGGAGGCAGAGUUCCUCUCGCUGUGAACACGAUUCUUCUGGGUAUGACUUCUCGCGCUUGUUUGUAGCUACGUUUCGAUAGCCGGUUGACUAAUGACUCGUGUCGUAGGGCUUGCGGUGGUCCCCACGUGGCUGGUCAUCAAGGACCAUACUCCGAUUGAGCAUAGUAAAGAUGAAAUCACCCAGUCAAGGGGUGAUGAUGAGGAGGAAGGGUCUAGAUCGAGAUCUCUCGAUGGCGAGAGACAGGAUGGCUAUGUGGUGAGGGAGUCGACUGCAACGAAGAUGGCUUAGAUGACAAUUGAAAAUGA